UUUUGGAACAACAUUCUGCUAUUGGCUGUCCGGAGACUUUUACCUGAAGGUGGGAGUGCCUAUAGCCGAGAUUAGACUUCGCCUUCCUCCGGGCUUCGGGAGAAUCGGACGAAGUGUCCGACUCGGAAAUAAAACUAAUUGUCUAUCGUCUCGGACUGGGAUCAUGGAGUCUAUCACCUCGUGGAGUCCGGAGAGAGUAAGCGAUUGGCUCAAAGGCCUGGGUUCUCCCCUGCAGCAGUACCCCUUCUCUGAUUGGCAGCUGUGUGGGCUGGACCUGCUGCAGCUGUCCUAUCAGGAGCUGGAGCAGCUGGGGGUGCAGAAGAUUGGGCACCAGGAGCUGAUCCUGGAGGCCGUAGAGAAGCUGUGCUCCCUGAUGUACGGCACGGGCAGCGAGAAUCUGCGCGGCCACACGGAGGGCCUGCGCGGCGUGGCGCACUCCAUGCAGAUGGGCCUGCAGAGCCGCUGGAGGGUCAACACGUACGACGGGCGGAGCGCCACCAAGCUGCCCGCCGAGGUACUGCAGUCCGUGCUCAACCUCAUCACCGCCGCCAAGGGGCUGUUCUCUCUGCUCAACAGGUACCUGUUCUCCCAGCUGAGUGGCUUCACGGCGAGCAGAGACAUCAUCACACACUGCAGGGAGCUGGGGACAACUGUGCACAAGGAUAUCACGGUGUAUGAGAAAGAGAAGGACAUCAUCUCGAUCUGCCGUCGGCUGGUGGCCAUCUGUGAUGAGAUCCUGAGCAGCACGCCCGAGUCUCUCCUCAACCACACCGCCCAUCUGGAGAGCGUGGACCUCAUCCCCGCCAAUCCAGGAGACCAGCUGGGAAUAGAGAUCACCUCCACAGGUUCCAGCUCCCACUUUGUCACCGGCACUGCAGCCGAGUCACCCGCCGGGUUCUGUGAGAAAAUCCUGGCCGGAGACGAAGUGGUCCAGGUCAACGAUCAGAUAGUGCAGGUGGGCUGGAGCAGGGUGAACCUGGUGAAGAAGCUACAGGAGAACCCCAGCGGAGUCACGCUCGUGCUGAAGAAGGUUCCGGUCUCCGUGAAGCGACGGCAGAGGGCUCCCGAGGAGCAACAGGAGCAGGAGGAGCAGGAGGAGCAGGAGGGGAAGGGGGAGAAGGAGGAGAGGCAUUCCAUUCUCGGGAGAGUCGCCGCCUCCGUGCGUUCGCUAUCCUUCAGGACAGCGGUCCACAGCCAGGACAGUAAGCGGCUGAUGGGUCAAGAAGAGUCUGACCUCGUCUGCAACAGUCUCAGCGAGGCAGGGGCCCAGACCUACACUUCUACUGCCGACCACCAGGGGGCAGAGCGCGAGGAUUCCGAGGACGCUGCUUCACAAGACUCCAGCGGCCCUGGAGCAGCUUCCCCUAGCAACCUGUUGUCACGGAGACUAGAGGCCGGGAGGCCCAGUAUCAUCUCCUGCCCCGAGAUGGCCGGCCAUCGGGAGGAGAGAGCCUCGAAGAAGGGAAAUGCAAAAGGCGGGCGGACCAGCCGGCGCCGGGUGUCGUGCCGGGAGCUGGGCCGGGCCGACUGCGACGGCUGGCUCUGGAAGAAGAAGAAAGACAGCGGAGUGUUCGUGGCCCAGAAGUGGCAGCGGUUCUGGUUCGUGCUGAAGGGCCCGUCCCUGUACUGGUACACCGGCCAACAGGAAGAAAAAGCUCACGGCCUGCUCAAGAUCUGCAGCUACAACAUUGAGAGUGCAGGGGAACACAAGAGGAAAUAUGUGUUCAAAAUGUGCCACAAGCGAUUCCAGGCGUUCAUUUUCGCCGCGGACAACGUCAACGACAUGAGCAAGUGGAUAAAGUGCUUACUUACAGCGAUACAGAAGUACAGGAAGAGCGAUAAGAGUCCACCAGACAGUGAGGAAGAGUGCUGCAGUGAGACUGAACCUGAGGAUGAAGGAUCUCACUCACCGCACUCACCCAGGAAUACAAAGAACCAGAGCAACACCCUGCCCAGAACCAAGGGUAAGAAGAUCAAGGAGCCCAUUGGGAGUGCAACUGUCUCCCCCACCACCGGGGGCAGCAGACCAGCUGAUGAGAUGGGGGUGCUGUUUCAGCGGCUGCGGGAGGAUGGGGUAUCCCCGAUGGGCCACGAGCAGCCCACCACACACGCUCAGUUCCGCAAGUCCUUCAUCCGCCGCAACAAGAACCCGGUCAUCAACGAGAAGGUGCACGCUCUCCGAGCUCUGCAGAGCACGCUGAAGGCGAAAGAGGUGGAGCUGCAGCUGAUAAACCGGGUGCUGGAGGACCCGGCGCUGACCUCGUCCAAGUUCUGCGACUGGAAGGAGACCAACGAGCACCUGCUGCAGGAGAUCGAGAGACUGGCGGCGGAACGGGCCAGUUCGGCGACCCGGGCGGUCGCCACGGAGACGGGCGCCAAGGGCGACGAGGCGGCGGGACUGAGGCUGAGCGUCGGCGAGCAGCUGGUGGACGCGGAACUUUCCGGCUCCGCCUCUCCGGCGGAAACGGAACGCCCGCAGAACCCGGUCUCCACGGCAACGGACAAUUACUUCUUCAUAUGAGACGCCAGGGCACAGCUGGGGUGAUAAACUCCAGUCCAGGAGGGGGCGCUGCGUCUGAAGGUUUAACUCCAGUCCUGGGGGGGGCGGUGUGUCUGCAGGUUUAACUCCAGUCCUGGAGGGGGCGGUGUGUCUGCAGGUUUAACUCCAGUCCUGGAGGGGGCGGUGUGUCUGCAGGUUUAACUCCAGUCCUGGAGGGCCGCAGCGUCUGCAGGUUUAACUCCAGUCCUGGAGGGGGCGGUGUGUCUGCAGGUAUAACUCCAGACACUGCGGCCCUCCAGGACUGGACUCUGAGAUGCUUGCUGUAGAACAGGUUUCAUUUGGAACCUAAUUUCAGAAUGGCAAAGUUAUGUAAGUAAUGUAACAUAUUCUUAUCAACUGAAUAGUGAUGUAAAAAGACAUAUUUCCCCUAUGAAUGUGCUUUUGCUGAUGCUUUUGUUCUGGAGGGAGGGAGAAGAGGAGGCUGGGUAAUAUCUGCUGUAUGACUCAUCAUGACUCAUCCUUGUCAUUAUUUUGCGUUUUUAUGGGGUUGGAGGCUUCAACACGUCUUAUUCUCUAAACUUUUCCCCUGAAAUUUUAACUUUUUUUAAACAGAACCCAAUAUUAAGCAAAUGUUUAAUAUAUCUAUGUGUACAUAUGCAUAAGUGGACAUUAGUUUUAUACGUCAUUUUAAAAAAGUACCUCAUUAUGUUUUUACAGAUCUAAGGUUUAGGCAUUUGCAUUAAAGGCUUGUCCCCCAUUUUGAGUCAUAACCCCACGGCAUUGGCUAAAAUGUGUCCUGCACAGCCUGUGGUCCUAUGAGCCAAUCAACGCCAUGGUCACUGCAGCCUGUGGUCCUAUGAGCCAAUCAAUACCAUGGUCACUGUAGCCUGUGGUCCUAUGAGCCAAUCAAUGCCAUGGUCACUGCAGCCUGUGGUCCUAUGAGCCAAUCAAAUUGUGGUUACCAAGUUGGAGCAAUUCUGGUGAAAGUGUCCAGCUUUUGUGUACUGGUUUUGGAUCUUCGAAGGCCAGUGUCUACUUCCACCCAAGUGUACUACUGAUUAGAUGUAAGGACGCAAUGCUUUAAGCUCACCUGUGGACCUCACUGUGUGGGGAAAAACCUCACCUGUGGACCUCACCCGUUUGUCUGUGUCCAAUAACAAAACGCGCUUGAGAAAUGAAAGUGUGUGCAAUCGACUGCGUGUGUAUGCUGUGUCAAACCAAUAAAAUGCUGUGAAGAUCA